AUGGCUGAGCAGCAGCAGAUGAAAACUUCCUUCCUCUUCGUGCAGCUGCGGGCCCCCCCGGCGCGCGCCCGCCCCGCCUCGGCUGCGUCCCGGACAGCGGCUGCAGGGGGUCCGGAGGAGGGACGCUCUUUCCCGGGUCCCGGGACAGGCUUCUCUGCAGGCCGAGCCCUCGGGCUCCCGCGGGGCCUGGCUGCCCCUCCCCCGCAGAGGCAGGGCCGUGGGACAGAGGCACCAGCUGCGCGCAGUUGCUCUGCUCCCGGGGAGGAGAAGGAGGGAGAGGAGAAAAGCCGGGACCUGGAUGCAAGGAGGGGGCGCGCUCGCAGAUCCGCCGAUCGCAGACGGCCCCCGGCCCCCGCCUCCGGGACCCGUGGACGGCGGCAGCCCCGGCCAUGCAGACCCCCUAGCCCGGCUCCCGGCAUGGGAGACGGCGGCUGCUGGAAGCGCUGGCCGGGCGGUCCUGCCCCGCGGGACGUGUGGCUCAUGGACACGCAGACUCGGGACGCCUUGGGAUGCUCGGUACCCCAGGCCCAGGCGGCCGACGCGGCUGAAAGCCCCGUGUCCCGGGGCGGUGCCGAGGCGCCGGCCCCCUGCCCGGUGCGCCCGCGGAGCGCUGAGAGCGCGGGCACCUCCGCGCGGGCCAGGAGCGCCAGGCUCUGCAGGUACCGUGCGCCCCUCCAGACCAGCAGGAGCUGCCCGGCCCCGCCUGCCGCCCUGCCUCUCAAGGCAGAGACAUUUGUUUGGGUUAACAGUGCAUCCACACAUUCCCAGAGUGUUGCCAAGGCCAAAUAUGAAUUUUUAUUUGGCAGAUCUGAAGAGAAAACUCCAGAUACUAGUGAUCAUGGAGGAAGCACUUUACUCCCCCCGAAUGUCACGAAUGAAUUUCCAGAAUAUGGGACCAUGGAGGAAAGUGGAGAAGGCCUAAGAGCCUCUCUUGAGUUUGGUGCCGAGUCUCUGCCGUGCUGCCCGCAGGGGCAGCAGGGGGUCCAGCCUCUUGCUGGCCAUCCCUCUGGGCUUGUCAGUGUUACAGGAGGACCAAAAGAUGUCAGAGAGGGCUCCUCUCAAAGUCAUCUCAAGGAACAGAGUUUACAACCUAUUGACUCUUUGAUUUCAGCUCUGAAAGCCACAGAAGCCAGAAUAGUUUCAGGAACAUUGCAGGCUACAAAGGUACUAGAUGGAAAUGCUGUUCCUACUUUUUCAGUUCAGCAGGUGGAACAAGAGCCAGACACUGCCAGUCAUAAAACACAGAGAGCCAACGCACUGUUCCCUGCUGGCCGAGAAGAGUCACCCGAUAUACCUCUUUCAGCUGAAGUUACAACUGAGGAAAAUUAUUAUUUGAGCAUCCAGGAGGAUCUGACUGCACUAUUAACUGGAGAAACUCAAACAGAGCUUUCCCUAAGAGCUAAUAAUGGGAGACAGGUGGCUGUCCAUGUGCAGGAGGCAGCUCGUCCAGUGUACUCCGUGGGGAGCCCAGCGACCCACAGCUCGGUGGGCAGUGCAGGCUUGUUGAGAGAGAGGAGGUCUGAUCAGGGGAGAGAGCACCCAGGGCAGUGUGAUCGAGGCAGCCCCUCAGGACGCCAAGGCCAGGUCAGACAUGUGGAAUUUCAAGGGGUGGAAAUAUUGUGGACAGAAAGGGAGAAAAGAGAGACACGGCAGCCUGUGGAUUUUCAGACAUCAUUGGAAAGGACAACCCCUCCUAAAAGCAAAGAGUUUUCUAAAGUGUCAAGCCAUCUCAUCUCAUCUGCUGGUUUCCGUGAUUCAGCUGGUUUAACUGAGAGUGUUUGGGAUGACACCCGGAGGGCUCCUUCAGAGAGGUCAGCCACUGGCUCAGGGCCUUUUCCCCCUGUGCCUCUUCUUGAGAGUGGAGAGGAUGAAGUCUUCCUAAGGGAAAACAAGGAACAUCUUGAGAAGAAACCUGAACUGGAGAGAGACAGGGAAAGGGUUCUUGAGCAAGAGGAGCACUUCCGGGGCAGAGAUGAUGAUGUCCUUGGGUCUGGGUGUGCAGAGGACUCCACUGAUGUGUACAGCUCCCAGUUCGAAACCAUUUUGGACAACACUUCUUUAUACUACAGUGCUGAGUCCUUGGAGACUUUAUAUUCAGAGCCCGAUAGCUAUUUUAGCUUUGAAAUGCCCCUCACUCCAAUGAUACAGCAGCGCAUUAAAGAAGGCGGUCAGUUCCUGGAGAGGACAUCAGUGGGAGGACAGCAGGACGUCCUGAGCAUCUCAGCAGAUGGCGGAAUAGUGAUGGGCUAUUCUGGUGGGAUCACCAAUGGGCUGAGUGGCUCCAGUAACUCCAUCUACUCUAAAGGCACCCCAGAGAUUGCUUUCUGGGGAAGCAAUGCUGGGGUGAAAACAACACUGCUAGAGGCUCAUUCUGAAAUGGGGAGCACUGAAAUUCUGGAAAAGGAGACCUCAGGAAGUCUCAGUAAUGGUACCAGCAGCAACGUAGAAGCGGCCAAAAGGUUGGCCAAACGCCUUUAUCAACUAGACAGAUUCAAAAGAUCGGAUGUGGCAAAGCACCUAGGCAAGAACAAUGAAUUUAGCAAACUAGUUGCGGAAGAAUAUUUGAAGUUUUUUGAUUUUACAGGAAUGACACUGGAUCAAUCUCUCAGGUAUUUCUUUAAAGCAUUUUCUCUUGUGGGAGAAACCCAAGAACGAGAGAGAGUUUUAGUACACUUCUCCAAUAGAUAUUUUUAUUGUAACCCAGAUACCAUUGCUUCACAAGAUGGAGUCCAUUGCCUCACCUGUGCAAUGAUGCUUCUUAACACAGAUCUCCAUGGCCAUAAUAUUGGAAAGAAGAUGACCUGCCAAGAGUUCAUUGCCAACCUCCAAGGGGUGGAUGAGGGCGGUGAUUUCUCCAAGGAUCUACUGAAAGCUCUGUACAACUCAAUCAAGAAUGAGAAGCUUGAAUGGGCAGUAGAUGAUGAAGAGAAAAAAAAGUCUCCGUCGGAAGGAACUGAUGAGAAGGCUAAUGGAACACAUCCAAAGACCAUCAGCCGUAUUGGGAGCACCACCAACCCGUUCCUGGACAUUCCCCACGACCCGAACGCUGCCGUGUACAAAAGUGGGUUCCUAGCUCGGAAAAUCCACGCAGAUAUGGAUGGAAAGAAGACUCCAAGAGGAAAGCGAGGAUGGAAGACCUUUUAUGCUGUACUAAAGGGAACAGUUCUUUACUUACAAAAGGACGAAUACAAGCCAGAGAAGGCCCUGUCAGAAGAGGACCUGAAGAAUGCCGUGAGUGUGCACCACGCGCUGGCAUCCCAGGCCACGGACUACGAGAAGAAACCCAAUGUGCUCAAGCUGAAAACUGCCGACUGGAGGGUCUUGCUCUUUCAAGCCCAGAGUCCAGAGGAGAUGCAGGGGUGGAUAAACAAAAUUAAUUGUGUUGCAGCUGUAUUUUCUGCACCACCGUUUCCAGCAGCCAUUGGGUCUCAGAAGAAGUUUAGUCGCCCACUUCUGCCUGCCACCACGACAAAAUUGUCUCAGGAGGAACAGCUGAAAUCUCACGAAAGCAAGCUGAGGCAGAUCACCACAGAGUUGACCGAGCACCGCUCCUACCCGCCCGACAAGAAGGUUAAAGCCAAGGAGGUGGAUGAGUACAAACUCAAAGAUCACUACCUGGAGUUUGAGAAAACCCGCUACGAGAUGUAUGUCCGCCUUCUGAAAGAGGGGGGCCUGGAGCUGCUGAGCAGCAGCGGAGGGGGCGCUGCGGGCCUGAAGAAGUCACACUCCAGCCCCUCGCUGAACCCAGAUGCAUCUCCCGUCACCGCCAAGGUCAAGCGAAAUGUGUCGGAGAGGAAAGACCACCGACCUGAAACCCAAAGCAUUAAGCAAAAAGUUACUUAGAAUCCAUUUGCGGCCAGGAAGUACUGGUCGUGGAGCAAAAUAGAGUUUUUCAAGAUCUUUCUGGUAAAUCCGUGAAUAUAUUUAAAAAAAAAGUCUGUGACUAAAUGGUGCAUUAGUGACCUUUCCUAUUGUACAUUUUUGUUAGUUUCUGUACAGAUUGUCUCUUUGCUCUUGAUUUCUUUGCUUUGAUGAUUUUUGCUACCUGACAACUAAUGCACCUUUUGUGCGGGGAGGGAUCCUGAUUUCAGGACGGAUUGUGUAUCACUUCUCCCUGGGUUUCUCUUGUUUGCACUCUGCUCAGUUGUUUUGUGUAUUCUCAAAUCAGCUGUUACACUUUUAUUUUAAGGUUAAAAAUGUAAUCCAUUGUGAAACACUUAACUGGACAAACUUCAUAGUUUAGAAAAUUCUAGCCAGAGUUAAUAUAAGCCUUUUUAUGUGAAAUCUUGCCCAGUCACAGAGAUGGAAUCCCGCACUCGCAGAAGUUCAGUUAAGAGUUACGGCCUUGGGAGGCCUCACAUAUCGGAGCCCUUGGUGUUGAGUCCGGCCCUGCUCGGGGGGCGGGGCCUGAGGACCGCAGGACUGGGGGAUUCAAAAAGCACAUUAGCUCGCUUGACGUGCAGCUUCCAUUUCAGCCAAGCAGGGAAGGAGGAAGGGAGUCUUUUGAAGGCUGCGGCAAGAUGGCCCCAAGUUCACUUUGUUUUCUAAAGGAUAGUGGCAGCAGUAGACUCUUGGGGGCUGCAGCAGCGUGUGUGUUUGGUCUGCAGGAAGUUGUUACCUCACCCCCGCAGGGUGUAGACAGGGAAUCCAGAGCCAUCCAGGAACUAGGCUCCUUUAUACGUAUAGGCACAGUGUCGUCUCCUGGCUGUAAGCGUUUGGGGUCUUCCUAACAAAGUAAUAUCAAAAUGGAGCCCCUUUCAUUCUUUCCUUAAAGCAAAAGAAGGAAGGAGAAAGUGGUUUUUCCCUAUAUUGUUUGGCAAUAGAAUAUUGAUUCUUUACAAUAAAUCUGAAAGGAAUAAGAUCUGAAGGAAUUAUGGCUGGAAAACUGAGGAACCUCCUGGUGGCAAAUGCAGAGUCCCUUAGUCUGUUUUUGUCUCCGUCUCUGUGAAGCACUUCACCCUGCUGCACUGAACUGUCCCCUACAAUAAAUCCUUGACGCUAAAUCAUUUCUUUGCAUCUGCUCAGAACAGUCAUAAGCUUGUUCCAGGGACAGUCCCUUUGAACUUCAGGGUGAUAAACAGAACAUUCUCUUACUGAGUUGGAGAAAGGAAUGAAAAUUGAGCCACUGUUAGAACUUUCUGAUUUUGAAACCUGGAAACUUUGUGAUCCUUCAACCUAUAAUCUCUACAACUCCAGAACUAAUGGAAUCACUUCGAAUAUUCUUUUCUCUCCCACAGAAAUUUGCUGUAGUUCUACUCAGUUUACUAGUUAAGGUACUAUGACCAAAGAUUCAGGGACUCUGCAUGGUAGCAUGAUUCCAGGGAAUAGAGAAAACCUACUCCUGAACCAUGGUAGUUUCUAGUGGUGUUUUGUUCUGAUACACCAGCAUUUGUACUGGACUAUUUAUUGAAUGCACUUCCUUCAGCUGUAGAAAUGCCCACGCUGGUGCCCAGGAAAGAGAAGCCCCUCCCUGAGGUUGUAGCUGCUUUUUUUGUGGUGUUUUUGCCACACCUUUGAAAAGCUCCCUCUAACCCUCUAUCUUGUUUAGGUAAAGAUAGUGACUAAAUUUGUUUCAAGGCCUAGAAACAAACAAGGUAGUUACGAACAUGGCCCAUGUACCUGAUUCUGUUUUGGAGCUUCUGACCGAAUCCAAGGUUUCUACAAGGGAAUAGUCUUUCUUCCUAGAAUCUGAGUCACAGUGUGUGUGUUUCCUGCCUAGAUCUUUAUCCUAAGCAGAGGGGAGAGAGGUACUUAGACCACAUCAUCUCUGAGCUUCAAUAACUAAAGAAAAGCAAACAUCCCUGACUGGCUUGAAUGUGUGUGGAUGCAUGUACUCCCAGUACGUGUCUGUCUGUGUAUGUCGCGUGUCUCUGUGUGUGUCACUUAGAGUCUGGACCAGACAUGGAAUGGUACCUUGCUGCAGUGCUUAGACACUUAGAGCAGCUCUGAAAUGCCCGGUCCGCAUCCGCAUAUGCUAACAGAGAGACAGAUGAGAAGGGCACUUUCGAAGCUGUGGUAUAUACUGUGUCCCUACAGUUUAUCCUAAAAGACGACUGCAAAGGUCAUUUUGUGAGCCAGGAUCCCAGACUACCACCGUUAGGGGGUGGGCUGAGAACACCUCCCCUGAGGCCUCGGGACUGUCUGUGCUGGUCACCUCGCAGGCCGAGAGCUUGUCCUGUAGAGGCAGGGCCCCUCCUGUGCCCAGAUUCUGGGUCUUGCCCACAGACAACCACAUUUUCCUCUGUGAUCAUUUCUUUCUCGUGGCAUCUAGUCAGGAGACCCUGACUGAAGACCUUGCCCUUCGCAGCUCCUACACGCCUGCCGCCCAGUUCACGGUACAGGGGAGCCCCCCUCCUAUCCUUCUGAAGGUACUGCCCCCAUCCCUCACCCAUCCCUCAGCGCCAGGAGCCUUGAGAGCUCUCUCCAUCUGAUAAGUCAUUGUUCCUCUUCACAGAAAUACACUUAACAUUAAUUUUUAGUCUAGAACAUCUUGAGAGUGAUCAGAAUACCGUGGUGAUGGUCUUGUUGCAGGACUGCCCGUGCAGGCGGCCGUGUAUGGAACCGAAGUGUCUCAGGCUGUGUUCCCCCACCUCACAUAUUGACACUUGCAGGGCGGGGUCAGGACUUCCUUGUUAGCAACCAAAACUUAAUUACGAGCUUACAGAGUCCUUAUUUUACUGCCAGCCAUAGACAUUAUUUGAAGUAUGCUUUUUACAGACAUGAUUUGCUGACUCUUAGUAAAGCCUGAUUAAACCAAGCAACACUUCUGCACAUUUUAAUUAACCUCAGGAAAACCAGCAUGUGGAGAGUCGUCUGGGGGACUGCAGUCCUGGGUCUGUGAACCUUUUCCGCUGCUCUCGGGUGAAGAGGGGGGAGAGUGACUGUGCCGGACCCUCUGUGUGUCUCCUGCUGUGCUCCUCCCUCCUAGGAUGGGGAGUGUUUCCUAGUAGAAGAGAUGUGAGGGGUUAAUUCUGGGAGAGAAACGGCUGGCCCUCCAAGGCCAGUCAAGGGUUGGUCUCUUGGGUUUGGUUUCACCCUGUGGCCAAAGCACAGAGCCCCUGAGGCAGGGCUGAGGCUGGAAAGGGGUUUACGUGCCCAGCAGGGAAGGAGCCUCCUGCUGGCCCAGCCUGCUGGCCCUCCACCACAGGAAGAGCUGGGAAGACAUUCUGAGGUAGGGCGGGGCCUGCUUUGGCCUGGCGCUGCACCUCUUCUCUGCCUUUAUUCCUAACUGUAGACAGUUGGAAGAAAAUUGACCUUAAAGAAGUUACUCUGUUGUCUUACUUUGAACACUCUCUUGGGUUUAGUUAGUGGUCACUGGAAUUUGGGUCUCUGGUGUUUUUCCUUGUAGUCACCUGUUACUCUUUUUUAAGCCUGAGUUCACAGGGCAUUUCUCAGCCUUGUGGGUCCAAGGCCCUGCAGUGUAGCUCUUGUGGACCAGCCACUUUCCUUAGCUGCAGCGGCAGACCACCUGAAUCCCUUCGCUUUUCAGUUACAGGAUUUUUGCAAUUAUAAGAUUAGUGCUGUUAAACAGGAACCAGCGUGGCAGCUGUUCACAGUAGAGCCUGGUUAAUGACUAGUGUGACUUGGGUUAACUAGCACCUGCUUUUCUCACAGAGCAUCUGAGUUACUCUGACAGAAGAUCAGUCAGCUUUGUAAGGAGAUGAGCCUCUGGGCCUUCCUGGUUCCAAAACUUUCUGGCUGUCUCUCCUCUUAGGCCAGCAGCUCGCCCCAGGCAGUAGGUGUCUCCGUCGGCCUUGGAUGUCUUAUAGCACCAGUUCACCCAGAGGACUUCAGAGACCAGUAGCUCACACAAAAUAACCCAACAGUGAUGAGAGGUGCUCUGUCACCACUUCCGCUCUCUUUUCAGUGUCUCUCUCAAAAGGAGGACUGAGGUCCAAAGCCAUUGCCAUUUUCCUUUUGUGCCCAGGGUACCCAAAGCCCGAGCAGGCAGCUUCUGCCUAGGACAGUGAGUGGCCAGUGCCUGCAGAGGGACUGUCUUCAGAGAGAGAGUCAGUAAAGAUGUGAAUCUGCAUGACAGUCUGUGGACUUGACUGCAACAGCGAGGAAACAUCGCAGGUUAAGUAGCUGCGUAUACAGCAGGCCUCCGAGGGCUCUGCGGCUCAGCCUUUGUAAUUUACAUGUGUAUCUGUAGUGUUGCAGGCUUUUGGAGAAUGUUCAUAUUGAUAAUGUGUCAGGCAUCAAAGAUGUGCUUUCUGUCACCUGCCAGUGUCAUAGUUGUGGGUAUUUAUAGUUGAAUGUAUCUAUGUGUCUCAGUGUGUAGAUUGUACAUCAGUAUACAGUAUACGUACCUCAAAUUUAUUUUUGUCCUUAACCAGUGUGUAUGAAAAGCAAGUAAAAACCUCACAGGACUGAAUAUAUAAUGCAGUUUUUGAGAGUCUAUAUAGUGGUACUGUUUUAUUAAACUUAAAUUCAAAUGAUAUUUUGAUUAAUUUUUUUAAUAAUAAGAUUUUAUGCUAGGAAAUUUCGUCUUUGAGCUUUGAAUCACCAGAGCAAAAAUGACUCUGAACUAACUUUGUUAAACUAUUUCAGUGUACUGUGUACAAUACUGGAGGGGGGGGGGGGGAGUGCAUUAUAAUUUGAAAUAUACAGAAAGAAAGAAAAAAAAAACCACACACACAGGCAGCCUGUGCAGUCUUAGCAACUUCAGUAUUAAGAGCACUUAAACAUAAAGUCAGACUGACAAUUUGGGGCUUAUUACAAAAUGUGAUGCUUUAAAGCACACGUUCUUUAUUGUUGUAAUUAGUCCAGAAAAACAGAGCUUUCAGAAGAAUUAGAUAAGUGCCCCGCAUAUCCUUUAUGUACCUGUGUCUGUUUUACAGCAGCUCAAACCACUCACCUAGCACUGGGUCCUCACCCUCUUCACCUUGAAGAACUGUCGCCAACCCUGCAGUAGGUCAAGGCUUCACGAGAUCUGGGACUGUCCUCUAGGUCUGCGGCUGCGCAAAUCAGCAUCUAGGCACAUGUAAAAGAAUUUUAGGACAGGCUAUGGACCAGGUUAAAACUUUAGUAUUUUUAUACUUAGGUCUCUUUUCCUGCCUCUCCCCAAAGAAGAGCCACUGGCCUUAGCUGUCCAAGAUUACUGCUUAUCUUACAGUAUAUAAAUAUUAGAUAACUAGAGAGUAAAACUUUAUUAACCAGCAUGUUGCUGUAUUUAAAGCAAAACUGAGUGUGUGUGAGUGAGUGGUUGAGUGCAGUGUGUCUGUCUGCACGUACUGCCUGUCAUUCCUGGUGUCGGAUGCAGAGGGUGGGAGCCGCGGGCUGGGAGGCUCAGCUCCAGCUCCAGGCUGCCAUCGUGGUGGUGGUUGCACUUGAGUUGUGUAAUUAACUCUGUAGCCUCAAACCAUUUUUGCAAGUGAGUUGGCUUGGUGGCUGCGCAGAAGGGUCUCUGCUCUGCAAGAGUGUUGUUUCCUUCUAAGAACUAUAGUGAUUUGCAAAAGUACCCAUUUGAUUCAGAAAUCAUACACAAAAAGAGUAGCAAAAUUUACAAGUUUAAUUUUGGGCCUUAGUCAUUUGAAAUGUGUGGGCUUUUAAUAUAAAGCCAAGUAACCAUUUGGCUCUCUCUGUGGAGAGCAUGUGUGCACAUUGACUUUUAAUGCUGUUAGGAUACCUUUUUAAGCUCCAGGAACAAGAGUCACAGUAGGGGUGGGGGGGAGUGUGUGAGCUGCUGGCCUUCCGCGUGAAGGAGACGUGCUGUGGUCUGUCCUCUGCUCCGAGAGAUCUGGCACACGUGCGGCCUCUGGCGUGUGUCCACGCGCUUGCACACGUGUACACAGUGAGUGUCCUAAAUUAUAUGAACUUGAGACACAGAGCACCCGAGUGCUGUGAGAGGGGCAGACCGAGGUGGCAGCGGCCCGCAGGCCUCUUCGGGGUGGGCAGGACUUGGAGCCCCCUGUCUGACCGUGAGACGCUGUGCGGGGAGGGGUGGCUGGCAGGUGGGGAUGCUCAUCUCCUUCCUGUGGACCCGCACUCCCCAGCAUCCCGCAGGGGCUGGCGUGGCCAACGUCUGCUGUCUCUGUAGCUGGUUCCUUUGAGAAGGGAGUACCAGGAGGAGCACGGCCCUUCCCCCAGGCUCCCCUCUGAGCUGGGCCUGGGGCUGGAAAGGGGAGGAGCCUGGCUCUGUGGGUUUCCCUUUGCAGGGUAGAGGCUCAGUUUUCAUGAACAGUGUUAAAAAUAAGCACCUUAAUGUCAAUUCCUGAAAAUGUUGGUUACUAGGGAGAAUUCUGGAAUUUCCCUUAAUGUUUCCCUGAGCGCCUAGUUGUCUUGGGCACCCCCUGGGGAGCCCCAGGCGCCACGCUCUGUUCAGGACCCACUGGGGGCCUGGGCUUCCCCUGGGACGCCGCAGAGGCCGCGUGCAUCUCUCUGCAAAGAGGGGCUCCUCCCGGUCUCCCUCCUCCUGGGCUCCUAGGACUCCAGGGUUGGUCCCCAUGCGCCUUCCCUGGCUGCAGGGCUCCAGCUGUCCUCACCGGCUGACCCUGCUGAGGGUGACUGAGUCACUGCAGUGACACUUGACAAAGGUAUUAAAAAUUCUCUGACUGCAGCUAAGAUCAUAGAUUUUGCCUUUGCAAGAAGCACGAUGCACACUGACCUGUAACCAGGGGUGGAUGAUGUCUUUGCCUUUGCACCCGGAUUUCUGGACGGGGAUAAGGUUUCAUUUUCCGUGGAAGGGCCAAGGGACGCAGCCGCUACCGCACGGGUCUGCCAGGCCCCAUGAGAGCUGCCGGGCAAAGGCCUCAGUGCCUCCCUGCAUUCUCUUCUCCCUCUGGUUUUAGUAACCCGUUUCUAGAGUAGAAAUUGACACAAGCAGAGAGCUGGUACCCGCAGCCUUGAUUACUGCAGGGCAGGCGGAAGGGCGGUGGUUUGGCGGUGGUUUGUAUCCUUUAAUAUAAAACGAGCUUUGAACUUUCGCAACCUGUUAACGGGGUUAUGUUUACUGGGGCUCAGACUAAUCAGCAGAGUGGUUCAGUCCUUUACCUUCAGAGUUUUCUCCACCAGUCACUAGUUUCAUUGUAGUCGUGGUGCCACUUGCCCCUGCAAAUUGUGGCAGUGGUUAGCGAUAAAAUAGCAGCCUGCUCCUUUUCAGUGGCCAGACCGCCAGCACUGGCAGACUGGGGUGAGCUCAUGGUACGGACUCCUGUAGGAAACCUGUUCCUCAUCGCCCACCAGAUUCGAGAAAUGCCGUCUCCUAGAGGAUCCCGGCGUCUAUGGUGGCCAUCUUUUGAAUGGAACAGUAAUUUAUGUGGAUAUUGUUAAAGUGUUUAAAGAAUAUUUUGAAAAUUAAGUUUACAUUUUACAAUCGCUUUAUUUUUUAUUAAAAUAGUUGUAUAUAAAUAUUACCCUAAUCCACUGUUGUUGAAGUAAAGCUGAACCGUGCAGACCAGUGAGUUGCCUGAUGUGUAUAGAAGCUGUGAUGUAUAGAGUACAUUUCUCUACUGUGUAAAUGUUCAUGAAUAUAACUGUUCCUGUGUUUUUAUAAGUUGGGGGUAAUUUGUUGUUUUACAACAACAAAAUUUAUUGCAUUUAAAUGGUUUUUAUGUCAUAGAAAUCAUGCAAAAUAGUGAAGGAUUUAAAAUAUGUAUAUGACAUGGAAAUGUGCAAACUUUAGAAAGAAAUAAAUCCAACAGAUUUCAGUCA